AUGGACGACGGAGGCAGGAUGCAGGUCACGGAGGUGCGAGCGUCGCCGCGCGAGGCUAAGGGGUGGGGCCUGAAUCUCUCCGGGGUCCAUGCGAUCGUGAGCGCCGAUCUGUCACUUGUGGGAAGUUGGGGCCUGCGUCCUCCCCCCUGGCUCAAGCCGCUUCCAACUCCCGUCGUUCCUUCGCCCGACCCUCCUGCAGCACGAUGCGUCUCCACUGGUUCUCCAUCCUCUCCCUCGCUGCCCUUCUCCCCAUCGUCUCUGCUGCUCCCGUUCCUCCCCGCACCCGCUUUCGAGGUUCGCGAUGCUCUCGAUCAAAAGCGUGACAUUCUCGAGGAGGUGAAUCCAUCCUUCCCCUCGUAUUGUGGCAUCUCUGAUGCCGUUGUCGCUGUCCGCCUACUAGCGUCAAGGCUGGCACUCUCCCUCCUGGUAAACUCCCGGACACCCAUUCCAUCUGCGGACAUGUGA